CAAGUACUUGCUGCUCCUCCAAAUUUAGUGAGUUCUGAACAGCACAAGGCAGCAGAACAUGUCUUCAUGACAUUCAAAAAGAUGAAAUUCCCCUAUGAAGCAUGUCGCUUCAUUUUAGGUUACAAAAGUAAGAAAUCCUGGGAAGGUCGCCAUGUUGUAUUUGCACAGGUUACAAAAGUAAGAAGUCCUGAAUUUGCCUUCUAACGUCCGGAUCCUUUAUUCUAACACUGCUUUACAAAAUUAUACACACCAAAGUCAUAUUUGAUAAAAUAGUUCGUUGGGAUGACGAUUCGUGCACGUGAUUAGAAAUACUCGGGAGACUGGAAUAACUCUCUCGCUCUCUCUCCAUCUCUCUCUGCCGAGAGCGUGCGGACAGCUGUUUUGUAUUCACGUGCAGCUUUGUCUGCACCAAUCAGGGGGCAACGUUGAUGCGUCUCCAUCCAAUGAGGAGCCGCAUCAAUGCUGACGUAAUUGAUCACGCUGGGGAGAAUGGAGGAUUAAAAGUAGACCGUGGGAAUUUUCCACGAUUAUCCACAGGUAUCUUAUCUGAACCCAAUUCCAAUAAUCCCGCACACUUAAUUCCAAGAAUUACACAUUACAGUGCUACUCAUAAGAAAGGUUUUACAAUUACUAUACAACAACACCUUUUAACUUUCAGAAAAUAGCAAGAAUGAUUAUGUGCUGUUUCAUACUGCAACAACCAUCAAAGAAAGCAUCAUAAGAGAAUGGAAUCUCCUGCAGCCAUCAGACAUUAGCUCCCUCAAGACAUUCCUUCUGCACUAUUCCAUUCAUAACAAAAGUUUGGUCAGUUAUGUCAGGGAGCAGAUCCUGUCUGCUGUUGGUGUCAUGGUCAAGCGUGGCACAUUGGACACCAAGCAUACAGACAGACAAGCACUGUACAAGGACCUCACUGAUCUCAUUGGUAGUGGAGAUAUAACCAUGCAAAUGAUUGCGUGUUCUGUGAUGACAGCAUUGCUGAAUGAGUACUCCACAACCAGCAGGAGCAGCAGUAUUGGUCUUCCAUGGGAGUUCCAUAACAAGUGCAAGAAAGCAUUCCAGGAGUAUGAACUGAAGAAAAUGUUUGCAUACAUGAUGCCAGUCCUUGGUCAGCUGGUGAACUAUAAUGGACCAAUGAACCCCGAGAUCACCCUAAUGUUUCACAAAUUCCUUGCGCUAUCGGAACAAGUGCUAAGCUGGGAGUUUGUUCAGAAUUUCAUUCCUAGACGCCAGAUUGGAUCGUUUGGUUGUGCUCAGUUUGUGACGCUGAAGCCUACUCCAGUUUGGCGUGAGGUGCUGUUGGAUCCACAAGUCCUCGAUGUUUUCUUCAAGCUUCAUCAGAAAGUGCACCAUAUUGAAGAUCUGGGCCAUUUCUCCCUACGUUGUCUCUCGCAGCUGGCUUCCAUGAAUGGCAGAAUCUUCCCUGACAAUGACGCCCAGACUAAAUACCUCGUUGCUUAUCUCGAGAGAUUUCUACAAUUAUUUACUACCAUUGAGAUUCAGGAAUACGAAGCCUACAGCCUCUCCAACACAAUCAACUCACUGGUGAUUCUCUUCCCUCCCGCAUGCUUCAAACAAGUCCCCGACACCCUCUUCAAAUCAUUUCUCGAUCAAAUGAAGAAGAUGACGUGUCAGUUCUGCCAAGCUGCUGCUCUUGAAGAAACAAUGCACAAAGACGAUAAACCUUACACAGAAGCGUAUGAGAAACUCUUGGAUUCCUGGGCGGCCUUGCUGGCAGAUCCUGAGUUCAUCCCUCCGGGCACACUACAUGAACAAGCUGUUGAAAUCAUCAAUAGUUACCUGCAGUGUCAUCUAGGUCCUCCAAAUGGACUUCGUGGUCAGACUCCCGAAGGUCAAGCGACAGCAGACGACGAGGAGUAUAUGGAAGAAGACGAAGAGGACAGAAUCCGAUUCAAGGAUCAGCUGACGACAAUCGGGAUGCUGUGCCGCCACGUGGCUGACUAUAGUAUCCCGCUCCUUGCCCAGGUGGUCGAGGAGAGGGUGAGCAAACUGCAAGACUUUCUGGCGCAGUUCCAGCAAAACAUGGAUUUGUCGAAUCUGAAUGAGCUGCACAACUUGUAUGAGGAUUUACACUGGCUUUUUCUGAUUUCUGCAUGUGCUCUGACGGAAGACCGCGAAGGAGAGGUGCCCAUGAUUCCCCCCGAGAUCAUAAAGCUUUCUCUCAGCCAAGCUAACGAAGUGAACUUAAACAGCACAAUGCAAGUGUUAGGCUCGCCGUCGCAGAAAUUGAAGAAUGUCGUAAAUGAGGAGAAAAGUGUGGAUAGUACAAUCAGACUAAUAGCUGCUGUGUUCAGAUAUUGUGAGAUGGAGAAACAAGCCUUGGCUGCCAAUUUUACAUCGAUUCUUAGUCCACAAGUUGCGAGCUCGACGAUGUGGUUUCUUGGUCGAUGGGUGAAAAGUUAUCUUGUGCCAAACGAAAAAUAUUACAAAGAGGUGAGUAUGGCUUUGUGUACUGCCUUUGGUCGUGACACGGAUGGUGCUAAAUGGACAGUAACGUUCCUACUCCAGAAGAUCGUCUCGACGUUACUAAACUGGGGCACAGAACCUUGUGUGUCGAAGGAUACGGCGGAACUACUUGUGAUUCUUUUGGAAAACAGAGACAGGGCCAAUUUUGUUGUAUGGUGUGAUGAACUGAUGAAGUUGGCAGAGUUGCACAGCAAGAGUCAGUUGCCGGUGUCUGAGCUUCCACCGGAUGUGAAGAAGUUGUUGUCUCGAGCUCUCGUAAUGGCUACUUCCAAGUCCAUGACGAGUGAUGAGAAGUUGAGGGAAUUCUAUAAAGAACAGGUGCUGGAUGGCAUGUACAGGAGAUUCCAAGCGAUUCUGAAGCGAGAGGAUCUCAGUCGAGUCUACCAAGAAAUCAAGGUGAAGGCCGAGGUGCAGGACAUCCUUCAUUGUUGCUGUGGCAUUGCCGAGGCGACAUCCGUUAAAAACUUCCAGCAGAUCUUCGACUUUCUCCAUCCUGUCUUAGUGGAAGCUGUGAAUGUUUAUGGUCUGUACCAUAAUCAUGAGGAUAUGGUGCAGCUGAUUCUUGAGAUGUUCGUAGAUGUGGCCAACACACAGCUUUGCUACCUUGAUCAUUCCGGCUGUCAGAAGCUCUACGAUACAUCCUUUACACUCAUCCAAUCAUACGCCAAACACAACGUCGGGAAACGUUUCAUCAAGGAGGACGAAGAAGAAGAACAGUUGGUUGACCUCGUUCUGGUGCUAGAUCUGCUGAUCAAUAUCAUAUCAAAAGAUUUCCUCAACAUCAAUAUUCUAGAGGAUUCAGCUUCUGACGACAAUGACUCGAGCAUGACAGUAUUCUAUGGACUCAACCUAGUCAUGCCCUUGAUAUCAGAACAGAUGCUACAGUUCCCUAACCUGUGCUCCCAGUAUUAUAAACUUGUCUCCUACAUCGCUGAAAUCUACCCCGAGAAGAUCUGUGAGCUUCCAGAAGGACUCUAUAACUUCCUCAUGUCUUCCGUUCAGAAGGGCCUCACACUUCAUGGGCCAGAUAUCACUCAGCUCUGCCUGGAAUUCCUCUACAACUUAGCCAUCCACAUCAACCGGGUGGAUAUGAUUGGUACAAGUGUGCAUGUGGCUCUUGGACACUUCCUGCAGGGGCUGUUAAAUUUCAUCGUUAUGGAUUCGUUUGACAUGGACCUCAUGGAAAUAACCAGCAAUACCUUCUUUGCAUUAGUCUGCUGCCACCAAGAACGUUACCACGCGUUGGUCAAUGAACUCCUGCAGACGCAGACGGACAAACACACUCAGGAGCGAUUGGUUGCUGCUUUUAAUAAACUCACUCCGCCGGAUUUUAAGUGGAAUUUCCAUCGAUCAGCACGCAUUGCAUUCCUUCAGAACUUUGAGGAAUUCCUCAUCGGAGUGCGAGGAUUCUUGUGUGUUAGAUGAUGUGGGCAAGGACAACUGUCUGCUGAAUGCAUUUUAAGUGUGAUCCACAUCAGCUGAGCUGUUGGGACUGAGUCAGGGGCUGCUCAGGUCGUAUCCUGCUUCUGCAUGCUGACACGAUGCUGCGAGUAAGAUUAUGAGUUAUAACUUGUUUGGUUGAGCUCAGUUUGAUAGCCAAGCAGACUGCUUCCUCAUGUGAUAGAUAAAGCAACACUUGACUUGGUCCACUGUGCUGCUAACGGUUCAAUAUUGUGUAUGGAGCUGCUUCUUCAUAACACUUGGCUUUCUGUUGAGUAAUGUGAAUUCAUUGCGUGUCAUGCAAUCAAGACCUGUAUAGAAAACUGCCUCAAGUACAUGUACAUGGGGGGAGGUGGACGAGGAAUUUUGCUCAAAUCUAUACAUUUUGCCAAAAAGCGAAGGUUGAUUUAUACCGCAGGGGAGGUUGGCCAGAAAUUACUUAAAGCAGACGCCGACAGUCUUCCUUUAAAGAUUCUAUUCAUGAAAUAAUGUCAAUUUUUAUCAAUGACCGAUACAGCGGGUCGUGAGCUGUACUGUGUACAGUUGAUCAUGUGUUUACCUGAAGCUAUAUUGUGAUAAAAUUGUUAUUCUUGAUGUGUUCUUCCGCAUUUUAUACGCUAUUUGUUGAUAUAUUUAUUGAUUUGAUAACGAUUUGAAGAAAUCGUCAUGUCCUAAUUGGGUUUGAUAACGAUAAUGUAAAGCAGUUGGUAUGUGCCUUUACAUGUACUGGUGCAGAAUAUAAUCAGUUCUACCUGACAUGGGACAUGUAGGAUCAUUACAUGAUAUUUGUUCCACUACACUUAGGAGAAGUCUGUUUAGCCAAUGAAAUUUCAUGUUUUUUCAACAACGUUGUUCUUUGUUUUUGUGUAUUCAUUCCUUUGGCAGUUUCCCUUCUUGGAAUCAUGGCUAGGCCAAGGACUUUGACUUAUGCUGAUGUGAUUUCAGCUUAAGAUUGUUAAUGAUUUCUGUGAAACCUUGUGAUCAAUCAAUAAAAUGAUGGUUGUGAUUAGUGUGGCACUGCAGGCGGUUAACAGAGCCCGACUGAUUACAGAAUGGAUUGUAAAUCAAAGACGUGACUGAACUGAACCUAAUAAACUGUGCUUCUGAUCUUCCCAGUGAAGAUUGUUCUUCCACCCUUGUGAAAUUGAUGUACUUUUUAUUGUGUAUUUGUAUGUAAUGUAUGUUCGUAAUGACAUUGAGAACCAAAUAUGGAAUAAAAGAUGC